AUGAAAAAUUGGAUUUAUAAUAAAACCGAAAAUUUAACUAUUGAUGACUUAUCUCAAUUUGAUUAUUUAUUGGUUGAAGCAACAAAUGAUGAUGAUCAUCGUUUAAUUCCGUAUUUAUCUCGAGGUCAUCAAAUUAUUGAUUUUGUUCGUGGAUUUAAUGGAUUUUAUAUUCAUAGACAAUUUUUAUUGAGAAUGCGUUUUACACCGAAAAUUUAUAUGUUAGAAAAAAAGAAAAAUACAAGUUGA